AGCUGAGGACGUUCUUCCGGCGCGGCCUGCGGAGCGGCGCGGCUCGGCCCGGCGAUGAGGAUCGAGAAGUGCUACUUCUGCUCCGGGCCCAUCUACCCGGGCCACGGUGUCAUGUUCGUGCGCAACGACUGUAAGAUAUUUAGAUUCUGCAAAUCAAAAUGCCACAGAAACUUCAAAAAGAAAAGAAAUCCCAGAAAGAUGAGAUGGACCAAAGCAUUCCGGAAAGCAGCAGGCAAAGAAUUGACAGUGGAUAAUUCAUUCGAGUUUGAAAAACGUAGAAAUGAACCAGUGAAAUACCAGAGAGAGUUGUGGAACAAGACUGUUGAUGCAAUGAAGAGAGUGGAGGAAAUAAAGCAAAAACGUCAAGCCAGAUAUAUUAUGAACAGAUUAAAGAAGAGCAAAGAGUUGCAGAAGGCAGAAGACAUCAAAGAAGUCAAACAGAACAUUCACCUUCUGCGUGCUCCACAUGCAGGCACACCAAAACAGCUGGAGGACAAGAUGGUGCAGAAGCUACAAGAGGAUGUGACUAUGGAAGAAGAUUCUUAAAAUGCUUUUAUUUUCUAUUUAUAUCUCUUCAGCAGUUAACAGUUCCGUACUGCCUCACCUGACAUCAUUCAGAACUGUGUUUACAGUUGAAGAAAAGUACAUUCUGAUGACUGAUGGUUGGUUGCAGGUUGAAUGAUUUUUGGCUUUAUAAAAAAAUAAGAAAAUGGGCAGUACUUAAAAUUAUGUAAUUGGAGAAAACCUUGUCAGCAGGAUAACAGAAUAAAGCAUAUUGUUUGAGAUAUUAUGUGCUCCUUAGAAAGUUAUGCUCUUUCUUUCUUUCUGGAUAACUUUUCUGUCAUAAUUUGAGCAAUAAAAGAUGUUGGCCUCAAGCUUUUCUUAUUUAGUCU